AUGAAUAUGGUAUGUUUAAUAUUUUUAAACUAUUUUUUCAGUAUUUUGACUCCAACUAUUGGAACGCAUACUAUGACGGGUAAGAAUGGUUCAGAAUUAAAUGUUACCAACAAUUUUAGAGAUGAUGAAAAUAUCGAAUGGUAUGACUCAUGGACUGAAAUAUCUAAGAACAUUCCUUUGAAAAUAAAUCCUGAUUCUAAAGUUCUACACAUUGGUUGUGGUUCAUCAACCCUCGGAAUCGAUUUAUUUAAUUCUGGGAUUGAAUCCGUUAUCAAUGCCGAUUUUUCUGAAUCCUGUAUCAAUUUGAUGAGGGCAAAAUAUCCUCAUCUCACCUAUAUUCUUCUUGAUGCUCUUGAUAUUGGAAAAAAUUUUUCUGAAAAUUUCUUUGACCUCAUUAUAGACAAAGGGUGUUUGGAUUCCAUUCUGUGCCAUGAAAAUUACCGGGAAAAGGUUCAAAAAGUUUUAGAAAACUUCUACACUUGUUUAAAAGAUGAAGGAUAUUUAAUAGUAAUUUCUGGAGGGAAUUCAGAGGAGAGACUCAUGUACUUUAACACUGAGUUGUGGAAGGUUGAGGUUGUAAAGAUGAGGAAGCAGGGCGUGGAUUUGUUACGGAAUUUUGAAAAUGAGGAAGGUGUUGAGGAAAUUCCAGAUAUAAACUAUUUUUACACAUACAUAUGUUUGAAAAGAUCUUCGGAUUAG